UCGCAGUUGUUUUACAAACUCUUCAGCGGUAUGACGUCUCCCUUUGACGGUGGUGCUGGCUUAUGCCUUUCGCUGAUCUGGAUUCAGUUGGCCGUCAUAAAUGCUGCCUUGGAGUUCCUUAAGGAUUUUGUACCACUAUCCCUGGUGCGACAGAGACAAAUCGAGGACGAGGAGCGCGAGUUCGAGGGCGAGUGCACGCUGGGAGCCAUUAGCAUACGAAUGUUUGCAUUUUGAGAAAUUUAAAUUAAAUUAUUUACACACCAACCAGUUGCAAGCAAUACUGCCUAAUUAAUAAUUAAUAUUAGUAAUACUAGUAGUAGUUAUUUAUACCCUUAUCUGUGAAAUACAAAUAACUUGUGUUUGUCGGGCCGGUUUAUAGCAAGUAAACAAAUAUCUACAUCAAUAUUAAUAAAACAAAGUAAAGCUGA